UGCUCUUGCCUGGGGCUUGUGGUGAAAUCUGAGAGAAAGGAGCAGCAUCCGCAGCUUGUUGGAGGUGGGUGUGACAGGCAGCCAGCAUCUCUAGCCCAGAAACCCGACAGAAGAGCUUUUCCCCACGUCUGUAGGUUACCGGUCCUGCACUUGUGUCCAAGAUGGCAUCAGCUGAAGAUAUCCAGGUCAAGGAGCUUGAUAAGCGGGCGUCUGGCCAGGCCUUUGAGGUCAUCCUGGGUGCUCCAGCCCCGGAUGCUAAAGGAGAGUUCCCCCUGUCUCCUCCCAAAAAGAAGGACGUCUCUCUUGAGGAAAUUCAGAGAAAGCUGGAUGCUGCAGAAGAGAGGCGCAAGAAUCAUGAAGCCGAGGUUCUGAAGCACUUGGCCGAGAAGCGGGAGCAUGAAAAGGAAGUGCUACAGAAAGCUAUGGAGGAGAACAACAACUUCAGCAAGAUGGCAGAGGAGAAGCUCAAUCAGAAGAUGGAGGCCAACAAAGAGAACCGCACAGCCAUUAUGGCAGCUAUGAAUGAGAAGUUCAAGGAGAAGGACAAGAAGUUGGAAGAGGUGAGGAAGAAUAAGGAAAAGGAGCCUGGCUCAGAAGGCGGCUCAGAAGACUGAGGGGGAGCCACCGGGGGAUUGUAUAGGGUUUUUUACGUAUCCAAAGAUUAAUUUAUUUUUUGUUCAGCCAGUAUUGUUUUUUCACAACCCACCUCUUUUGGAAAUACAACUUCUACUUUGUGAAUUUUUUCAACUCUCCUGCUAUAUAAGUGUAGUUGCGCUCGUUCUACAUGUGGAUAAUUCCUCUGAGUCUGCUGUAAUAAUCAUGUAGCUUGUCGGUGCA